AAACAGAGAGAGUGAGAAUGUGAGAGCUUCUAAUGAGGCUAGGAUUAUGAUACUAUCAAGUGGUAAGUGAGGGUGGAGGGUUGGUUUAGCAGGCCCCAAACCACCAGUGUGCACAAACAUACACACACGGCUCACACACGCUCUGCCUCCUCUCCGAGAGCUUAUUCUUUGCUCUCUCUUGCUCGCUUUCAGAGUACUUAAUUUUCCAUCCUGGGCGUCUCUUGGUAAGUCUGUCCUUUCUGCACUUUGGUCUAUUUUUUUUUUAGCCAGUUCCAAUCAUCUAACACUGUGGGCCAGGAUCGAGCAGGCCUCAGGUGAGGAAGGGGAAAUCAUUUAAAAGCAUGUGAUGACCAAUCAGACAGAAGAGUCAGAAAGGGAAGUACAGAGGACCGGGUGCGACUGAAGGAGAGGGAGGGAACAGACCUGUGACCUCAUGUGACAUGUGACCUGGACUCCACCAAUGGAACGGUGGGUUGGGCGAGAGGCAGAAUCGCCGCGGGAGCUGUGACCAGACUUGAGACUGACAGUCCAUCACCACGCUGAUUACCACGACAAGAGCACACCUGAACCUCCAAAACCAGAAACCGACAGUGUCUACCGUACUGUCACAGGCUGUAGCUGCUGGAGUGGUUCAGAGGGCAGCGCUGGUGCAGGAUCUGGCCCUUGUGGACAUCACACAUGGCUUCGAACAGCAUCUUUGACUCUUUCUCUAACUACUCCACUUUACUCAGAGACCCGACCACCACCAGAAGGUUCACGCCGCCCUCCACGUCUUUCCCGUGCGGGAAGCUCGGCGUCGGCAGUGACGGCGGCGCGGGCGGCGCGAGCAGCAUGAGCGCGGCUGGUCCUCUGAGGUCGCGGCAUGCGGCGGACACGCGCUCCGUGGUGGACGUGCUGGCGGACCACGCCGGAGAGCUCGUGCGCACCGACAGUCCCAACUUUCUGUGCUCGGUUCUGCCUUCACACUGGCGCUGCAACAAAACUCUUCCCGUGGCCUUCAAGGUGGUGGCUCUCGGUGAUGUCCCCGACGGCACCCUGGUUACCGUCAUGGCCGGAAACGACGAGAAUUAUUCGGCUGAGUUGAGGAACGCGUCCGCCGUCAUGAAGAACCAAGUGGCCCGUUUCAACGACCUGAGAUUUGUCGGAAGAAGCGGCAGAGGAAAAAGUUUUACUCUGACAAUCACCGUGUUCACUGGACCACCCCAAGUGGCCACAUACCACCGCGCCAUCAAAGUCACAGUGGACGGCCCACGAGAGCCUAGACGUCACCGAGUGAAGCCUGAGGACUCUCAGAAGAUGCAGUUCAACGAUCGGCUGAGUGAGAUGGAGAGGUAUCAUCAGCGUGCCACCUUGAGAGUGGGCCCCGGCAACGGCACCGUCCGGCCCUCACACCAGGGCCAUUACGGCCCUACUACUGCCACCCAGAUACCAGGACUGUGGCCUGAGCAGAUGGACACUCCUCAAAUCAAACCCUGCAAAGUGGAGGAUGACAUCCGCUGGCCAAGUACGGAUCUGUUUCAGCAGCGCACCACGUUCCCAUCCCUGUCUCCUCUCACAACGACGCGGUUCUCCGACUCUCACAUGCAUUACCCCGGGCCCUUCACCUACUCCACCAACCCAUCCAGUGCAGGCAUCGGGGGUCUCAGCAUGACAGGUGUUCCUGCCUCUACGCGCUACACAACCUACCUGCCCCCACCAUACCCCGGAAACCAGAACCAGAGCUCGCACUUCCAGACCAACUCGUCCCCCUACCACCUGUACUACGGCACCGGCUCAGGCUCCUACCAGUUCUCCAUGGUUCCUGCAGGCGGCACCGCCGGGAGCACGGUCGGAGAGCGUUCGCCCACCCGCAUGCUGACUUCCUGCCCGGCGGCAGGCGCAGCUUCGGGGUCAGGAGGCGGAGCCGGCGGUCUGAUCGGCGGCAGCGACGGCGUGGAGGCCGACGGCAGCCACAGCAACUCGCCGAGUGCCAUGAGCACACCCGGACGAAUGGACGAGUCCGUCUGGAGGCCUUACUGAAGAAACGAGAGAACAACGACACAAGAGUUGCAUGUUCCAGUCAAAUUUGAAAAAUUUGCCAUCCAUUUUGAGUCGCUUUGAUUUUUCUCAGAGGCAGUAUCUUUCAGUGGUUUCAAUAUUGUACUAUGUAUUUCAUGAGGCUUUGUGUGCUUUAAGACUGAACUGAGCGGAGAAAGAACAGCAAGAAAUAAAAGCUCCUCUGGGAAAAACAAGCAUAGACUCUAAAAGACUGACGUUUAGUUUUAUUCUGUAAUGAGAGCAGCUGGAUGAUGAGGAUGAUGAUGAUGAUGAUGAUGAUGAUGAUAGCAGGAGUUCAAUGGCCAAGCGAAAAGAGGAAAAAAAAGACACUUCAGGAAGUUCAGAGAAUAACCUUUGACCUUUAGCCAGGUCUGGUGGUUAAAGAAAGCCUGAGGACAUGCUGUAUUGGGCCGAAGUGAUUGAUUUGACUUUUAUUUAUGGCCCCAAUCAGCUUUUACCUUUUGACGGUACAGCAUUGAUAUUCAGUGUACAAAAUGAAUGAUUUUUUUUUUUUAAUGUUUUCAUUUGUUUCCACCAAUCAUGAACAAUUUGUGUAUGAACAGUUUUUUUUUAUUAUUGUUACAGUAAUUAUUUUUUUUAAAUAUUGUUUCGAUUUUCUUUUUUGUUUCAAGCCAUUAUUUGUCUAAACUAAGAAAUGUGGUUUGGGUUUCUUUAAUUUAUUUGAGCCAGUUCUAUGAUUAUUCUCGAUGUUUCCAGGUUAGGAAAAAAAAAGCAUUUAUCUUUUUUUGUUUGUUUGUUGUUUUUUUUUUUGGUUUGUUUGAUGUUUAUAAUUUUUUUUCUUUUUCUUUGUUUUUUUUUCGUCGUUUCUAUGAUUUAAUAUAAGAUCGCAAGUCAUGCUACUGUAAUAUAUUAUUUCUAAAUUAUGAAAUAGGUACAAAUUUUAAAUGUAAUGUAUUUUUCCUAUGUAGCUCCAAUGCACUAAAACAUGCUACUUAAAAAAAAAAAAAAAAAAAAAGGACCCACCCGAAACGAAAUGCAGAGGAACCCUAUCCACGGAAAGUAAAAAAAAAAAAAAAAAAAACAAGUCCAAAGAGAUCAAAUUUCAUCGUAAUAACUUAUAAUCCAAUAUACUUCCAGGCACAAUGGCUCGCUUUCCUUUUGUUGCCCAAAGUGUUACAUUUUAUGAUGUCAUUCCAGCCUCGUAAAGAAUGAAGAACACACGUAGCUUUAAGCGCCUUCAUUAUCCGUCUUUCCUCGCAUCAAUGAGGUGACUGAAAUGGUAGAUGAUAACUACAUAUGAAACGGAUCGUCUCUCAUUAUUUCAAUGACAAAACCACGCACAAGCUCACACACUGGAGCUAAAGUGGCCAGAAAUCUGUCCCUCCCUUCCUUUCAGGUGUGUGUGUGUGUGUGUGUGUGUGAGAGAGAGAGAGAGAGUGUGUGUGUGUGCGUUG